GACAGACGGGGGAUGCCCACGGUGCCACCUCGGGGUCACGGCCUGGUCGCCGCUGUCACCUGGGGGGUGUCCCCAACGAGAGACCCCGGUGUCCGUCCCAACCUUCACAACGUCCCCGGUUUUGCCGCAUCCUGGGAGGUGGCGAGGGGCACUCGAGGGUGGCACGGGGACCCCGCUGAAGCGAUGCUGUCCCCACGGGGGUGCUGCCGGUGCCAUGGAGGGGGUUGUGCCCCCCACGCCCUGCCCCCUCGGGGCUGGCCGGCGGUGCCAGCCGGGCUGUCCAGCCCCGGUAUCGGAUCCUCCCGGAGGGAGGGGGCUUGGAGCUUAUUUAACGUGCCCAGCCCGGCCGGGCGGGCGCACUCGGAGCACGGGGAGCUCAGCCGCAGCCAUGGGAUCGCAGCUGGAAGGGGCCAUGGAGACCCUGAUCAAUGUCUUCCACCACUACUCGGGCAAGGAGGGCGACAAGUACAAGCUGAGCAAGAAGGAGCUCAAGGAGCUGCUGCAGAGCGAGCUGGGGUGUUUCCUGGAGACCCAGAAGGACGCGGGGGCCGUGGAGAAGAUCAUGCAGGACCUGGAUGAGAACGGCGACGGGGAGGUGGAUUUCCAGGAAUUCGUGGUCCUGGUGGCCGCCCUGACCGUGGCCUGCAACACUUUCUUCUGGGAGAACGCCUGACCCCCCUCCUGCCACAGCAGGACCUGGGCUCCCGACACCCAGAGUCCCCCAACACCCCCCCAGCUGGCCCCCUCUGCCCCCCAGCAUUCC